UCAAACAAAGACCGGGCUUCAUUAUUAUCACAUCGUGCGUCGACUCUAACAGAAGCUUUCGUUUAUAGUGAUAAUUAACAUAAUAAUAUUCACUAUUCAAUAUUAAUUUAGCAAUCAGAAAUGAUUUUCGUAAGUGACGUUUUUGUGUAGUGAGAACGAACAAUAAAAUCUUAGAAGUGCCAAAAUGGAUUUGAGGAGCAUUUUGUUGAGUAUCGUGGUGUUCUCAUCCGUCAUCGCGUCAUCAUCAGCGGGAUGCACAUGGACUUUCAACUCGAACAGUAGGAAUUGUAACUACACCAUCGUUUGUUCCACCAACCCUGGAAGCAUCUCCAACCCAACCUGUAACGACGAGCCUUACGUCAUCUUCAUCAUCAAGAACUCCAAUCUUGACUACCUUACCGCCGCCCUCUUCUCCGCGACAAACUUCGACAGUCGUGUUCGCGAAUUCAUUGCACACGGCAACACCUGGACAACUAUUGACACGUCUGCCUUCCGAUAUUAUUCAAAGUCCAUCAAAGUCGACAUCUCCAACAACGAAAUUCUUAAAGUACGUAAUGAAGCAUUCAAAAACUUACAGUACAUUCAACUUCUGAAUAUAUCGUAUAACAAAAUCGAAACUUUGUACGCCAACUCAUUUGUGAUGGCAGAAUCAAAAAGUUUACUAGAAUUAGAUUUGUCUAACAACCAUUUAAUAGAAUUAUCAGGUGAACUGAAUGAAUUGCCUAAAUUGAAAAAGUUACAUUUACAGAACAAUAUGUUGACUAAGCUAUCAGAAGACUGUUUUAUGAAUUUGAAAAAUUUAGAAUAUCUCAAUUUGCGGUCCAAUCACUUGGUAUCUUUGAAUUUGACACUCACGAAUUUGAAAAUGUUGAAAACCUUAGAUUUAUCCUACAACUAUUUGAAGAAGUUAUCUGGAUAUGAAAUAAAUCGGAUGGCAGCGAUUGUGAACUUCAAUGCAUCGCACAAUGCACUGACAACUGUGGAUUAUAAUUGUUUCAACCAAGCUGUGUCUUUGAAAGUUGUAGAUUUCAGCUACAACAGAAUUAAUGCUACAAUUGAAAAUAUCAGGUUCGUUGUCAGCAGUGAGCUGGAGUAUUUGGAUUUUUAUAACAAUUCGAUAACAGGCAUACAGGAAAACGCUUUUAUAAAUGGGCAUUUAAACUAUUUGAAUUUAAUAAAUAAUAAUAUAACGGGUGAAAUAAGAGAAAAUACUUUUAGUGGUUUGCGUAAUAUAACUGAAUUGGAUUUGUCUAGGCAAAGCAUAAGUAGUAUUAAAAAUAAGGCCUUCACCCAGAUGGUAAAUCUGAAGCAUCUUAAUUUAAGUACCAACAAUAUUAUAGAAAUAGAAAAUGCUAGUUUCUCUAAUUCAUCUAUUGCUGUGCUGGAUUUGUCCCAUAAUAAGGUGACUCAUUUAAAUUUUCUUCAAAACUGUUUGGUUAAUCUAACUGAAUUGUAUUUAAACAAUAACAACAUCUCAGUAGUAUCAAUAAGCAGUUUUGAUGCUCAGACACAGAUGAAGAAAUUAGAUUUAUCAAUGAACGCGAUCAAGAUAAUUGAGGAGUAUUCCUUACCGCUGCAGAACUUGCAAUAUUUGAACAUCGUAGGCAAUGCUUUAGCAGGAACAAUAAAAGAAAAUGUAUUUAGUCCUGCUAAGUUCUUAAGGUUCCUAGAUUUAAGUAAUUUUAAUAUAACCCGCAUUGAAAACUUUGCUUUUGUUGAUCUCACAGGGCUGGCUCGAUUGAAUCUCUCAAAUAAUCAAAUAGAAACUAUAGAGCCGAAUAAUUUCAUAGGAGUUGACAAUAUGUACAGUCUGGAUUUGUCAAGUAACAGAUUAACGAAUUUAUCCAUCAAUAGUACUUUCUUAAAUAACUUAAAAGCUUUGUACAUAAACGAUAACUUCCUAACGAAUAUAUCAGGUCUUUUCAAGAACAAAAGCAAAUUAUUAUAUCUUGACGUGUCAAACAAUAAAAUCACUAAUCUAUCGACAGUUGGAGCUAAUAUUUUCCCAAAUAUAACAGUAUUACGUGCUUCCAAUAAUAAAAUGAAAACGUUUAAUAAUGAAAACACUAAUACUUUAACAACACUUAUUGAUCUGAGAUUGGCGUCUAACGACAUAAGUGAUAUAAACUUGAGUUAUUACAAAGAACUUAUGGCUGUAGAUCUAAGCAAUAAUAAUUUGACACAUUUGAACAUGUCACUUUUUAAGAAUAAUGAAUUUCUACAGUCUCUAGAUGUUAGCAGAAACAACAUCUCAGAUUUACCUCCAGGUACAUUUCAAUUUAUGAAAAACCUGAAGGUACUAAAUAUGUCUUCAAAUUUUUUGUCGAGACUACGAUUUGGCAGCUUGAAAGGUCUUCAUAAAACUGAAGUAUUGGACUUAUCAAAGAAUAAUAUUGCAGUUUUAGACGUUGAUGUUUUCCAUGAAUGUGACGAACUCAGGACUUUAAUAAUAGACUACAACCGCAUCAAAACAUUUGAUCUUGAAAGACUCAUUCUGAUUUCGUUGAAAAAAUUGAGGAGUCUAAGUUUAGGAGGCAACCCUAUUUCGUGUAAAGAAAUUGUUCAUAAUAUAAAGUCUGCAAACGAUACCUUCUAUGCUAUUAGACAAGUGGAGGUUACUUCUAUUCACAAAAUAUAUCACGAAGAUAAUGUUCAUGGGAUCAAAUGUGGUGAUGAAGCAUAUCUUAAUGAAAAUAUUACUACUAAGCCAGAAUUUAAAAAAUCAACUGACGAACCUACACCAUCUAACUCAUCUACUAGCAUCGUGUUAAUUUGGUGUUCGAUACUAACAGUCAUUUUAGUAGCAGCUGGAGUUUUAGCUUAUAUAAAAUUAUAUAAAAAACGUGUUGUUAUUAUUGGUAACAAUGUAUCAAUGAACAUGAGAAAUUCAAUUGUAUCGGAGGUUUCAGACUUUCAAAGUGAUCUUUUGGGUUAAGCAAUAUUUAUAUUACAUUAAGAUCGUAAUAAUAAAAUUAUUUGAAUCGGCCUUAAAGUCCGCAAUGUGAUGUAUAUGUAAGCUGUUUAAUUUUUGUUGCUUUGUUUAUUUAAGAUAUUUCUUUAUUUCCUGCGAUGUAUCCCACGUGGUGGUUAUGUUAUGAUUAUUUAAGGUAUUUGUAAUAAUUAUGAGAAAUAUUCAGAAUCUGUAGAGCUGUGUAAAAGAUUUAUGUCUCGUGGAACUUUUAAUUAAAUUAAGGAAUGUAUUCAGAAUGAGAAAUCUUCUUAUCGGCAUGGAGGC